AUGGGUCGGGCUGGAUUCGAGCUUGGCUGGAGAAUGCGGCUGGACUAUGCUGCUAGAAGGUACGACUGGGCUGAGAUGCAGCCGGAUUUGGUAGCUGGAGAAUACUGCCGGCUAAGCCCAGAUGAAGUUGGGCAGCCGAAGAAGUUAGGGCUUGCGAAAUGUGGCUUGGCACUACCGAGGGAGCUGGGGAUUGCGAGAUGCAGAUGGGCACGGCUGAGAUUUGGGGUUUGA